CUCCCUCCGACCUUCCUUCCUUCCUUCCUGCGGCCAGGAGAGGCAUGAUGGCGGCGCCCAGGGUCCUUCGAGGAGCAGCGGCAGGUAAGAAAAAGGAACUGCAAACGCGGCGGGCAAAGGUUCCCCCCCGCUGGGCGCCCCGCGCAAAGCAGUUUUUACGCCUGCAACGCAGGAGACGGAGGAAGUGCAAAAUUGCCUGCCUCCAAGCGCGAUUUAGAACCCAAGCCCCGCGUGCACGCGUGUACGGAAAGGAAAAAAGCACGUUGUACAUGCUCCAGAACUGCUGAAUCGGGGUUAGGGGGUUCUCAUACUCUUCUGUAGGGAAGGAAAUUGGAGACGGGGCUACAAACCAUAAUGCAGACUUGAGGACUUAAGAAGUGCCUGGCUGCUGGAUUAGGCCAAGGGGGGCCCAUCUAGUCCAGCAUCCUUUUCAGGCAGUGGCCAAACUUCCCUAAAAACCUAGGGAUCUAGAUUGACUCCCUCUGGACCUGGACAAAUAUAAGAUAGAGGACACCUGCCUUGCCAGUAGUAUGUGUGAAAAGGAUCUUGGAGACAUAUAAGACUACAAGCUGAACAUGAGUCAACAGUGUGAUGCAGCAGCAAAAAGCACUAAUGCUAUUCUAGGCUGCAUCAACGAAAGUAUAAUGUGCCGACCGUAGAAAGUAAUAGUCCUGCCUUAUUCUGCCUUGGUCAGACCACACUUGGUGUACUGUGUCCAGUUCUGGGCAAUACCAUUUAAGAAGGAUAUUGACAGUGUGCACAGAGAAGGGUGACCAAGAUGAUGAAGGGUCUGGAAACCAAGCCUUAUGGUGAACAGUUGAGGGAAUUGGGUAUAUUUAGCCUGGAAAAGAGGAGACCGAGAGGACGUAUGAUAGCCAUCUUCAGUUAUCUAAAGGGCUGUCACAUGGAAGGUGGAGCAAGCUUGUUUUCUCUUGCUCCAGAGGCUGGGAACCAAAUCAAUGGAUACAAGUUUAGAAGACAAGCUAAGCAUCAGGAAGAGCAUUAUGACUGUAAGAACUGUUCAACAGUGGAAGAGGCUCCCUCGAGGUGGUGGGUUCUCCCUGGAGGUUUUUAAGCAGAGGUUGGAUGACCAUCUGUCAUGUAUAUUUUAGUUGAGAUUCCUGCAUAAAUUCUGUGCUGCGCCAAGAAGUACUUUCAUCUGUCCUGAAUCUUCCAACAGACUUAGCUACCAUGCCCGCCUAUUUCAGAAGUUUGUUGUGACUUACCUUCUACAAAAUUGUGGUAUCCCCUUACCCUCACCCCCCCCCCCCCGGUUUCUCUCUACUCUCUGCUUGGAUCAGUCCUCCCCAGACUUUGCAGCUUGGGCACUUGGACCAAGACUCCUCCCACCCUUCAGAGGCUUUAUACGACUCUUCCAGCAACAAGUCCAGAAGAAGCUCCCACUGGUGAGCAUCACUGGGGAAAGAGGAGGGUGGGAUUGCUGCUGAUGGGAGCGCUGGAUUUGGCCCUGGGAUUCAAAGCCACUCCAGUCACAAAUCGAAAGGGUUGUGGGGCGAAUAGCUGGCAAAUCAAGAGGAGCUGUGAUGUUUUUGUGCAAGGUUUUGAUGCAAUUCCCAAAGAUUUCCUCUGCUCUUGUGCUAUGUCAUUUGGCAACUGAGUUUGAGCCAAUUAACCACUUUCCCCCCCUCUUUCAGUUGAUUAUGACAGGCUCCUAGGGGAGCCCCUGAAAAACCCUGAUUUCUUCAACGUGCAAGAGCUCUUCUCCUUAAGGGACCUCUUUGAUGCCAGAGUCCACCUGGGCCACAAGAAGGGUUGCCGUCACAGGUCAGUGAUUCCACCAGUUUUCUUGUGAACAAUGCCUUAAUAGCAUGUCAGACUCUUGAUCCAUAGCUAUGGCUUGUCUCCUAAAAAUAAAAUAAUAUUCUAGGCCUCAUGGUUCUGAAGAAAGGGCUGAAUCAAACAGAAGCAAAGGUCCAUCUGGCUUAGUACUGUCAACACUGUACACUGCCUACACUGACUGGCAGCAGCUCUCCAGGAUUUCAGGCAGGGGACAUUCUUGGCUGAGAAGUGGCCCUUCCCCUAAUAAGAAAAUAAAACUCUAGUCCUCAUCAUUCUGCAGAAAAAGUUGGAUGAAAUAGGGAUAUAAGAACUGCCUUGUACCGAGGCAAGCCAGUUGCCCAUCUAGCUCAGUAUUGUUUACACUAUCUGGCAGCUGUGACUUGCCAGGUUUUCAGACAGAACAUUCCCUGCCCUACCCGAAGAUGCCAUUGGAGACUGAACCUGGGGCCUCCUGCACGCAAAGCAGAUGCCAUGGCACUGAGCCAUGGUCUUUUUCUUAGACACUAAAUAAGAUUCUAGUUCUCAUCAUUCUCAAUUAAAGACUGAGUUAAUGGAUUUCAGCCUGUGGCAGUUUUUCUCAUCCUAGAACCACCGAAAUGAAUGGGCUCAAGCAUCUCCUCCGCAUUUCAUCCUCACAACAACCCUGUGAGGUAGGUUAGGCUGAGAGCGAGUGACUGGCCCAAGAUCACCUGAUGGCCGAGUGCGGGGGGGGGGGCGGUCCUUGUCCUACACUCUAACCACUACACCACACUGGUUCUCAUGCAUUAAGACACCCUGCAGGUUGACUGGUCCCAAGUUGUGAAGGGCUUUAUGUUCUAGUAGAUAGAGAGAUGAUAGAUAGAUAGAUAGAUAGAUAGAUAGAUAGAUAGAUAUACACAUACAUGAAAAAGAGAGAGAGAUGUGUCAAGUCUCCCAUGGCUUUACGAAGACCAGAAACCAAUCCCCACCACUGCUCAUGUUUGGCCUCUGUCUCCUACAGAUUCAUGGAGCCAUACAUUUUUGGGUGCCGCCUCGAUCAGGACAUCAUCAACCUGGAGCAGACGAUGGUACACCUCCAGCUGGCUCUCAACUUCAUGGCUCACGUCGCCUACCGCAAAGGCAUAAUCCUCUUCAUCAGCCGGAACCGUCAGUUUUCCCACCGGAUAGAGGCCACCGCCAAGGAAUGCGGCGAAUAUGCUCACACUCGCUACUGGCAGGGCGGCCUGAUGACCAAUGCCGAUGUCCAGUAUGGGCUGGGUGUCCGCCUGCCUGACCUCAUCAUCCUCACUAACACCCUCACCAACGUCUUCGAGCCCCACAUGGCCAUCCGGGACGCAGCUAAGAUGAACAUCCCCACAGUGGGCGUGGUAGACACGAACUGCAACCCAACCCUCAUCACCUACCCCAUUCCGGGUAAUGACGACACCCCCUCGGCUGUCGAGCUCUACCUCCGGCUCUUCAAGAUGACCAUCAUGAGAGCGAAGGACAAGCGAAGGCAGAUGGAGGUCUUGUGCAGAGGGCAGGACAAGCCUUGCUAAGGAGGCCGGAGCAGCUUGGUGGGAAACCACCACCCCCAUUGAAAAAUUCACUAGCUAGUCCCAGGUGCAAAAUCUGUCAGACUGUUUUGGCUACAGGUAACUGAGCCACAUUCACAGCAUGUGUUUAAAACACCAUGGUACCAUUUUAGAGCCAUGGUUUCUCAAAAGAAUCCUCUGAACUGUGGUUUGUUAAGACUGCUGAGAGUUGCUAGGAGGCCCCCUAUUCCCCUCCCAGAGCUACAAUUUGCAGAGUGGUUUAACAGUCAAUCCGUCUUCCCAGGGAGGUCUGGAAAUUAUAGCUCUGUGGGAGGGAAGAGGGGUCUCCUAACUCUCAGCACCCUGAACAAGCUAAAGUUCCCAGGAUGCUCUGAGUAAAUCCAUGACUGUUUGAAGUGGUAUCACAACACUUCAAACAUCUGGUGUGAAUGUGGCUUGUGUUAGGUCCUGUCCAUACAUUUCAAAGCAUUCUUCACACCACUUCAAACAGCUGCAACUUCCCCCAAAGAAUCCUGAGAACUGUAGUGUGUUCAGAUUGCUGCGAGUUAAAAAGAGACCAUGCUGUUCCCCCUCCCAGAACUAUAAUUCUCAAGCAUUCCCUGUGAACAAGGAUUUAUUGUUAAAUAAAUCACUCUGGGAAUUGUAGAUCUGAAUAGGGUGGAGGGUGUCUCCUAACAGCUCUCAGCACCCUUAACACACUAUAGCUUCCAGGAUUCUUUUGGGGGAAGCCGUGAAUGUUUAGAGUGGUAAGAGAUUGCUUUAAUUGUGUGUGUUUAAUUGUGAUUCAAAGCAUGCUUGCAAGAAAGCAAAUGGAUGCAUACCACGUAUAACUCUGAGGUUAUUUUCCCAGGAAACUUCCGCCUAGAGUGCAAUAACUUUCCUUCAACCCCACAAGACGUGCCAUUCCGCCUCGCCUUUGCUGUACUUCUUGACCAGGCUUCCUCAACCUCAGCCCUCCAGAUGUUUUGAGACUACAGUUCCCAUCAUCCCUGACCACGGGUCCUGCUAGCUAGGGAUCAUGGGAGUUGUAGGCCAAAAAGCAUCUGGAGGGCCAAAGUUGAGGAAGCCUGGUCUUGACUGUUGCAUCAUCAGUUUUAAAGCAACAGCAGCUCUGAAGCAGGACGUGUGUCUGAAAAAGUUAAUUGUGAGAAGAGGAUAGCUUACAGCAUUUCCUAGGACAGCAGGAGUGGGAAACAUCUGGGCUGUGCAGGUGCUUCUGAACUACAGCUCCCAUCAUCUCUGACCACUGGCCACUCUGGCUGGGGCUGCUGCAAGCUAGAGUCCAGCAACAUCUGGAGAGCCAUAGAUUUCCCCAGACACAGCCCAGACUGUCCCAAAGUAUGGGUAGAGAGCAGUGGUAGACUGGGCCAAAUGCCUUUGCUUCUGCAUUGGAAGUUGUUUCUCUCUUGCACCCUUUUUUCAACCUCAUGUAUGUUUUCCCUUAUAAAAAAUAAAGAUAUGUUUGC